AUUAGCUGAAAAAUGGGUUUGCCUCAAGUGUUUGUUUUUCUCGCCUUCUUCGCAGCAACUUUCUUUACAAGACGUUGCGAAGGUCGUGCUCAGGACUACAUCAGCUUUGAGGGCAACAUCGAGCUCUACUCCGGCGCCUAUUACAAGCACAAGCUUCUCAGUAUCGACAUCUACAUGCCAAACCGUUGCUACAACGUCAACUGCACCAACAUCGACAACUUGACUGCAUCAGCGAGGUGGUCUGGACUUCCGACAACAGGGUGGAUGGGGAAAGCGUUUAUCAGCUUCUACGCUGGCACAAACUGCAAAGGAAGCAAGACGUCCUCCCUGCUUCCAUACAACGGUGGGAUCCGAGAGUUCGUUUUUCCAAAAGUAAAAAACAAUAUUUCAUCCUUCAUGGUGCGGUCAGAGUCCAGGAAGCGGCGACAUGGAUUCGCAAAUGUUUGCGGGUGGAAGGGCGCCGACGUUGACGGAGGCUCGGUGUCUGAAGCUGACAAUGACAAAAAAGCCGAGUACAAACCGGUAAACGAGUUUCUUUGCUGUUCGGUUUAAUUUUCUGAAUACAUGUAAAACG